AUUGUGGAAAGAACAAGAAAGAACUCACAAAUUAGAAUCCCAGGCCAACAUACACAACUUUUUAUACGAUAAGUUGUUUCGUUCGUUCCUUCCUUUUUUUCUUUUGUUAUAGUUAUUAGAAAAAUUGCAAAAAUUCUGCGUAAAAUAAAGUCUACUUUACAACAUCGUAAAAAUAAGUCACGUCUUAAGUCUCAACAGUUAUCGAUAAACACAUCAGGAACAACAUCAAACAAUUUACUACAACAAAGUGCCACUGAGAGCGAAAGUCUCCAGCAACAAUUUCUAGCACAAAGUGUUUACCAGGACAAUCACAAAGAACUAUUAGUUGAGGACACAACUAGUGACCAAGGUAUAUCAGUUGAAAUGGAAACAAACCUAAAUAAGGUGUUGAAUCAAGGUGUACGACAUCAGCUAAAUGGCUUGCUGUGUAAAUACACUAAUGUAAUGAAAGGUUGGCAGUACAGAUGGUUUACAGUUGAUCCACAAAGCGGAAUCUUAAGUUAUUAUUUAUCGGAUUGUAACUCAGCUGGUGAUGAUGUACCACCGCCAACUCAUGUGCUAACCAGCUCUCCCCGUGGUCAAGUCCACUUGGCCGGAGCAGUUGUUUGCCCCAGUGAUGAAGAUUCUAGAACUUUUUCAAUUGCCUGCGCUUCUGGGGAUACGAUUAAAUUGCGAGCUGCCGAUGCCAGGGCACGACAGGAAUGGGUAGAUGGACUACGUGCUAUUGUCGAGAGUCAUACAAAGGCAAUGGAUAUAAAUAAUUCAACACCGUUGCCACCUCGUGAAUUAUUAGCGGCAUCGGACGCUAUGGUUUCCGCUAGACAAGCACUUUAUUUAACUGAACAAUGCAAUGCUUCUUUGGCUCGUGCUAUAGAAAAUAUAGAUUGUGAUGCCUUCUCACCCACGGAUCCUGAUUUACUUAUCCUAAAAGCAAUAUCUACCGCCAGUACGCAAUGCCUGCACCAGUGCCUGAGUCUUUUGCAACGUCAUCAGGAGAUCAACACGCCGCGCUCCGAAACAACAAGUGUUAAUUAGUUGACAACUGCACAAUUACUAAAUGACAAUGAUGUUUGCUGCUACACAGCCAACUCUACGACGUCUUGACUACUUGUAAAUUUUGACCUGUUAGAUGAAGUUCCCAAUUCCAAAACAACACCAUUAUAACCAAGUGCAAAUUUUAAGCAAUAGGUCGUCUGUAAAUUCCACAAAAAAAGUCUUAAUCAAGUGCUUAAAAUGUUAAAACUGUAUUAUUUAAAUAUUUCAUUUGUACAAAUGUACACAUUUUGAUUGUGAAAAACUCCUAAUUAAAACUAUUAUUUUAAUAAAAACUCCCUAAAUUGUAAGAUAAUUAUAUGCAUACUACUCUA